AAGACGUGAAGACGACAGAAUCGUCUGAUUCAGUUUGAAAUACUACUAAUAUAAUUGUGGCCUGGCUUUCACCGUUGAUCUUUUUGUUUAUAAUCGUGUGCGAAUCAAACUUCGACUCCGAUCUUUAUCAAACUAAAAAUCAAAAAAUAUCUUUUCCAAUCUCGCAUUAUUCCAUAAACCUCUGCACAAUCACACCACCGUUUCCGGUCACAUUUCCGGUGACAAUGGCUCUUUCUCUACAAGCUUUCGUCGUUAUGAAACUCAACGAUUCAUCACCACGAAACCAAUUAACGAUCAACUUCAAACACAAGGUAUCUAUUUUCCUACACACUCCUAUUUCCAGAAACCCUAGCUCUUGCAGAAGCAUGCAUAAAUCUGAUAACCUGGCGACCGUUACACCGGUUUUCGAUUCAAAUCCUGAUCAAGAAAGUGACGAUGAAGAUGAAGAUGACGGUAACGGAAACUUUCCGCCUGGUAACGGCGGAGACGGCGGCGGCGGAGGAAGUGGUGGUGGUGGGGGGAGUGGUGGCGGUGGUGAUGAGGAUGAGCAUGAUGAGAAGGAGUUUGGACCGUUGAUGAUGUUUGAGGAAGUCAUGAAGGUGGCUGAAUCUAACGGUGUUAAUCUUCCGGAUGAUAUGUUACAGGCUGCUAAAGUUACUGGACUUCGAAAACUUAUUCUUACGCGGUAUUUGGAUUUACAGAAAUCAGGUUGGGCUUUAGGUUUCUUGACUAGGACUUUUGCGAUGCUGCGUAACCGAUUGCUUGCUGAUCCGUCGUUUAUGUUUAAAAUUGGGACCGAGAUAGUGAUUGAUUCUUGUUGUGCGACGUUUGCCGAAGUGCAAAAAAGAGGGAAGGAUUUUUGGAAUGAGUUUGAGUUGUAUGCGGCGGAUCUUUUGGUAGGUAUAGUGGUUGAUGUGGCGUUAGUUGGUAUGUUGGCGCCUUAUGCGCGUAUCGGAAAGCAGUCGGUGGCAAGUGGUGGUUUGUUUAGCGGUUUGAGGAACUCUGUUGCAGCUCUUCCAAGCAGUGUGUUUGAGUUUGAGAGACCCGGAUGUAGAUUUUCAGCACAACAACGACUCGCCACGUAUUUUUACAAGGGUCUUCUGUAUGGUUCGAUUGGAUUUGGUUGCGGUCUUAUUGGCCAAGGGAUUGCGAAUAUGAUUAUGAAUGCCAAACGGAGAAUGCAUACGUCAGAAGGUGAUGUUAAGGUGCCUCCUUUGAUGCAAAGUGCUGUUCUUUGGGGUGUUUUCCUUGCGGUGUCUGCAAAUACGCGUUACCAAAUCGUCAAUGGGAUGGAAAGCUUGGUGGAAGCUUCUCCUUUGGCAAAACAGGUCCCUGUAGUAGCAAUGGCGUUUACAGUUGGGGUCCGUUUCGCAAAUAACAUCUAUGGUGGGAUGCAGUUUGUAGACUGGGCUAGAUGGAGUGGGGUGCAGUAAUUACUAAUAACAGCCCCCAAGCAUUUCUAUUUCUUUUUAAAUUUAGAAUUUGGAUCUUUGGCAAUUGGCAGGCACUUGCAGCCUCAAAUUUAUUAGCCAGCCUCCUCUUUGGCAGGCUGCUUCUUUUUUCUUAGAUAAUAAUAAUAAUCAGAAAUCUUUUUAUAUA